AUGGAUCUCGAGAAGAACAUCAAAGACGUAGAGAUCGCCCCUACGAUCGUGGAGUCGGCGUCAUCGUCUGAGCCGAGCCUGCUCAAACCAAAGCCCGUCGACAUCAAGCCUGACCCCAAUAUUCUUCCAGAGAAGGUUGGGACUAGGGUGACGCGCUACUUGAAGUUCAGCUUCUUCACGACCUAUCGGAAGAUCUUCACUGUUAUCUUCACGCUGAACAUGAUCACCUUCGUCGCUUUUGUCGCCAAAGCAAAGGGGACUCCAUUUUCCCGGGAUGUUGCGAGCGCUUCGUCUGCCAACCUCAUGUCCACCAUCUUGUUCAGACAAGAGAACUUCGUCAACCUCUGCUACGAGAUCGCGGUUUGCGUCCCUCACUCCCUUCCGCUAUGGAUCAGACGAAGGCUCGCCAAGGUGUUCCACUACGGAGGUGCCCAUAGCGGCUCCGGUGUCGCAGCCGUGGUGUGGUUCAUUCUUUAUGUGGCGCUCAUCACGAAGGAGUACAUCCAUAACCACAACCAAGACACCCUCACCAACCUCAUUACUUCCUACAUCAUCACCGCCAUGUUCCUCUUCAUUCUCGCCUCUGCACACCCUCGCUUCCGCGUCAUGUUCCACGACUACUUCGAAGCCAUGCAUCGUUUCUCGGGGUGGGUCGCCCUGAUCACCUUCUGGAUCCACAACGGUCUCGUCGCAAGAACGGAGGCGAGGAUGGACGGCGUCCCGAUCGGGCUGUACCUCGUCAAGUCGCCCAACUUCUGGUUCUUCUGCGUCUCCACCUGCUGCACCCUCCUUUCGUGGUCGCGACUCCGCCUCCGCGAGGUGUACCCCGAAGUCCUCUCCGACCACGCCGUCCGCCUCCACUUCAAGUACAUGCCCAUGCAGCCGUUCUACGGUCUCAAGAUCUCGACGAAGCCUCUUUUGGAGUGGCACGCGUUCGCGACCAUCCCCGAUGAGGACGAGAAGGGCAAGAUCAACGGGUUCUCCGUGGUCGUUUCCAACGCCGGCGAUUGGACACGGAACGCGAUCGUAAACCCGCCCAAGAAGCUCUGGGUUCGCGGGUACCCUCUCCACGGUCUUCUCUAUACGUCCCGCCUCUUCAAACAGAUCGUCGUUGUCGCAACCGGAUCCGGUAUUGGUCCCUGCCUCUCACUCCUCUACGCCAACGUCACCCCCCGUCGCGUCUUCUGGUCUACCCAACAUCCCGAGACGACUUACGGCCCUGGAGUGCUGAACGCGGUGCUCAAGGCAGACCCCGAUGCCAUCGUCUGGAACACCCGCACCAUGGGACGUCCUGACAUGGUGGCGCUCACUUAUCAGCUCGUUUUGCAGUGCAAUGCGGAAGCCGUCUUCAUCAUCUCCAACCCGAAGCUCACGAAGAAGGUCGUCUACGGUAUGGAAACUCGCGGCAUCCCGGCGUACGGUGCUAUCUUCGACUCUUAA